GUCAAGUUUUGAGAAAAGAGGACUUCUCGCUGUGAAUGAAGUGAUUUUUUUUUGUAAGCUGUAGUAAUACCGAUUCUUCAAAGGAUUCUGCACUUUCUACAUCAAUCCUCGCGCUGAUAUUAUAACAAAGUGACUCUUUAGAACUCUGAAAAUGAAACGCAGCUCUUAGAUCAGUAGAAACCACUCGUCUAAUGAUUUCUGUUUCAUCUGAGAUCUUUAGAAGAAGUAAAAAUAACUGUCGUUUAUCUGAGACUGUUCAUGUUGUACAGCAAUUACAGCUCUUUUCCUGAUAAACAAAUUCAUUGGAAUAACCAGAAUUCAUAAAUCUGAUAAUAUUCUUCCAUUGACUGAUUUGAGGUGAAUUUAUUGAUUACCUUAAGAUUCUUCAAGAGAAUAUUUAUACUUAACGAGGACUGUGUUUAUCCUGCAUUGAUACAAUAACAGAGUGACUCUUUAAAACGCUGAAAAUGAAAUGCAAUCCUCUUAGAUCGGUAGAAACUACUCGUUUAAUAAUUCCUGUUUCAUCUGAGAUCUUUUUUAGAAGUCAAAAUAAUUCGCUUAUCUGCUAUUGUUCAUGUCGUACAAUAAUUACAGCUCUUUUCCUAAACAAAUUCAUCGGAAUAACCAGAAUUCAUAAAUCUGAUAAUAUUCUUCCAUUGACUGAUUUGAGAAGCGUAAGGCUUAAUUUAAGGAUAAGCACGCGCGUACCGUAGCAGUAUAUAAACGAGAAGGAAGUUGAAAAUCUUUCACGGAUAAAAUGGAGGCCCGUAAAUCUCUGACGCACAAGAGGCUGGAGGCUAUACAAAAUUCACCGACCUCUUCGACGCCGUUGCGAAGGAAGUCCAUUGUUCAGACCCCGCCGACGGGUAGUACCCUUUCGGAAAAUGACGACGAGGCGGAGCGUCUCGCUCGUCGGCGUGAAAUACUCACGUCGACGUCACCGUCCAACGGCAGUAACAGCAAGAGGCUCUCCCUGGGCCUGGGACUCUUGGCGAAUAUCCCGGCGCCCCAGAUGGCCGAGAGCAUAAAUCAGUGCAUAAAACUGAGCGCCGAGAACAAGAUCAACAUCAAGAAUGCAUUCAGUCUGGAAAUGAUUGAUUUUAUGACGUACAUGAUAAAGAAGCAGGAUGCGAAUAUGUCGAAUCUGCAAGUGGCCAGCGCGUCCUUGGACGUGAGCACCAAGAUCUACGGGUAUCGCGUGGACAGCGUGCAUAUGGAGAUACUCAAGAUGGUCGGUGGACUGGACAAACAGGUGACGGAAAAUGCGGACCAAAGCGCGGAGGAGCAGGGUGAAGGUGCUACGCACGAAGACGCGGAGGCGAAUGUCGAGGCGCAGAAGAAGAAGAAGAGGAAGAAGGCGAAGCAGAGGAUCUUCAGCACGGUGGAGUCUCUGAGGGGCAACGUCGAGAUCGCGAAACCCAUGUCGUCGAUGAUAGGCGAGGGUGAUUUGCAGACCAGCGACAUGCUGUACCAGGCGACGCUGCCGAAUCACGCGAAUUCCGGCUUCUAUCAGCAUCUGUAUAACGACGUCCUCGUCGACGUCUUGGAGAACGCCGAAUCGCGAGGUAAUCCGAAUGUCAAGUACGCCAUGCCGGCGAUCGAGGACUUCUCGAACUUGGACAACUGCGCGUCGUACUCGAACUUCGAGUUCCUCGGCUGGUCGGUGGAUGACGAGCCGGAGGAGAUGCCGGAGGAGGAGACCGAGUCUAACGACAGUGGCAAUCGAUUCCAAUUCGACUUGGACGCGAGCGUGGAGCACGACGACGAUCCGGCGCCCGAGCCCAUGAAUUACUUCGACAUCGAGCACGAUAACGACAACAACCACGAGAACAACGUUCAGGUUGCCGUGUGCCAUCGGAGACCGUCGGCGGAUCGUUCAGAGGUGAAUGUCGUCGAUGUGCGCGACGCCGCCGCCCGGCAGUCCGAGUAUUCCUUCGUCCAACCGAACAUGAGCUUGCAUUGGGCCGGUCCGUCCCAUUGGAAGUUUUGGAACUUCGCCAGAUCCUCCGCCGCCACCGAGGCGAGUGGCGCCCAGGUAGCGGCUUGCAUGCAGGCUAAGCAGCGAAGGAAGAGGAAGGACUUCGAAUUUCUGUACGACCAGGCGCGCGAUGUCAUAGACGCGAAGUUCGCGUCGAGCCAGUCCAUCAAGUUGCACGCCAAGACGGCGAAGGCGGAAUGGAGCACCGAGAGCCUGACGUUGCCGGAGGACGUGCACUACGACAUCGCGCAGAUAAACAAGCUCUACCUGUACCACAAGGUGAAGCUGGUGAACAGCGGUGAGAGGGAGGACGACGAGAACGCGGUGACCGCCGCGGACGUGUCCGACGGCGAGAGAUAUGACUACAACAAUCCAAACGACACACUGGAAUACUGCCCCAAUGUUGAGCACGAUGACGAUUACGACGAUUACGGGAGUAGGGACGACGGUAACGACGAGUGCAACUUCGACGACAGCGCCGCUGUGCUGAGCCAGGGUCUCACCGGCGACAACCUCGUCGCCGCGCCGAAGCUGGUCAACAAGGUGUCCAUCGCGUACUGCUUGAAGGCGAAGAAGAUCGACAUGCGACAGCUGAAGAAGUCCAUAUGGAGCUGCCUGAAGUCCACGAACAAUAACAACGCGGCGAGUACCGGCGGCGAGACGGCCGCGGACGACGCCGACACGAUGAGGGAGGGGAAGCAGUUCAGCGACGUUUACAAGAUGCUGCCGAAACUGCUGACGAAAACGAACGCCGAGGCGUUGAGCGUGCCGAUCUCCUUUAUAUCCCUGCUGCAUCUGGCGAACGAGAAGGGAUUGCAGAUUCAUUCGGUGCCGGACAUGUCGGAUAUUAUCAUCGAGCCCGGAGAAUCGGUAUCGUUGACCUGAAGAGACUUUGUUUUUGUACGUACACAUUUUAUUCAAGCAAACAUAAGACGUUGACAGGGCGUCAUAUUCUUCGUAAGGAAUUGUUGAAACGUUUUACGAAUAACAAUAAUAAUAAUAAUUGAUAUUUUUUUCAAAAUUGAAAAUAUUUUUUUUAGAAUUGAAAAUAGAUUGUAUAUUGUAAUAAAAAUUGUAAGUUUAUCUACUUUCAUGACAUGUGUUUAUACGAUAUAAUACACAUAAUUAUUAAUUACAUUACGAUACACUUGAAAAAAAAUUUAUAAACAGAAUGUAAUCACUGUUUUAAUCAUUGCGUCGAUAUCGAUCGAUAAACGAAAGGUUCACAAUGAGUAACGACUUUUUUUUAAUGAAAACUCGGUAAUUUAACGAAUCUCUAAUUCUGUGUCAAAUGAUUACGACAGAAUACUUUUGAUAAAUGUGACAUUUGUCUGACCGCUUGAAAUUCGUACGUGUACAUUCCACGUCACCCGAAGAUGCUCGCCGUCCCAUCAUCACGUUCGCGUUGACGAUCAAUGUGCCAGAUCAAUGUGCCAGAAUCAAAUUAUACAAAUUAUAAACGAAUAACGAUGCUAUGAGAUGAAUGAAAAGUUAUUGUUAAAAAAACUAAUAAUAUUUUUGAAAUAAGAGCUUGUAUUUAAUACCAUACAUAUCGUACGAUAUACGUACGCGUAUAUUUUUGUCAUACAAAGAAUAAAGUAUCUUUUUAUAUAUUAACUCGAA